AUGAAGCGCCAGACUCUUCUCCAGGCCACCACCCGCAACGCCUUCCAGGUCCAGCGCCGUGCCUACUCCUCCGAGAUCGCCCAGGCCAUGGUUGAGGUCUCCAAGAACUUGGGUAUGGGUGCCGCCGCCAUCGGUCUUACCGGUGCUGGUAUCGGUAUCGGUCUUGUCUUCGCCGCUCUCCUCAACGGUGUUGCCCGCAACCCUGCCCUCCGUGGUCAGCUCUUCUCCUACGCCAUUCUGGGUUUCGCUUUCGUCGAGGCCAUCGGUCUUUUCGACCUGAUGGUUGCCCUCAUGGCCAAGUUCACUUAA